AUGCCCCGAUGCCCCGCGGGGGCCAUGGACGAGGGGCCCGUGGACCUGCGCACCCGACCCAAGGCCGCGGGGCCCCCCGGCGCCGCGCUGCCGCUCCGCAAGCGCCCGCUGCGCGAACCCUCGCUGGAGCCCGCCGCCCCCCGCGGCGCCCCGGGCCCGGUGGUCCCGGAUCCCCUCCGCGGCGGCUCCGACUUGCCGGCGGUCCCCGCGCCUCCGCACGGCCUGGCCCGGCCAGAGGCGCUUUACUACCAGGGACCUUUACUGCCCCUGUACCCCACCCCAACCAUGGGCUCUCCGUUUCCUCUUCUCAACCUGUCUACGCCCCUGUACCCCAUGAUGUGCUCCAUGGAACACCCUCUAUCAGCAGACAUCGCCAUGGCCACCUGUGCAGAUGAGGAUGGAGACACGCCACUCCACAUUGCCGUGGUGCAAGGCAAACUGUCAGCUGUGCAUCGACUUGUCACCCUCUUCCAGCAUGGGGGCCGGGACCUGGAUAUUUACAACAACCUACGGCAGACACCGUUGCACUUGGCUGUAAUUACCACUUUACCGUCUGUGGUCCGGCUACUGGUGUUGGCUGGUGCCAGCCCCAUGGCACUGGACCGCCACGGUCAGACAGCAGCCCACCUGGCAUGCGAGCACCGCAGCCCGACCUGCCUGCGGGCCCUGCUGGACAGCGCCGCCCCGGGCUCGGUGGACCUGGAGGCCCGCAAUUACGACGGACUCACCGCCCUGCACGUGGCCGUGUACACCGAGUGCGACGAGGCCGUGCUGCUCUUGCUGGAGCGCGGCGCGGACAUAGACGCGGUGGACAUUAAGAGCGGCCGCUCCCCGCUCAUCCACGCCGUGGAAAACAACAGCCUGAGGAUCGUGCAGCUGCUGUUGCAGCAUGGCGCCAACGUGAACGCCCAGAUGUACUCGGGCAGCUCCGCGCUGCACUCGGCGUCGGGCCGCGGGCUGCUCCCGCUGGUGCGCGUGCUGGUCCGCAGCGGCGCCGACAGCGGCCUCAAGAACUGCCACAACGACACGCCGCUCAUGGUGGCGCGCAGCCGCCGGGUCAUCGACAUCCUGAGAGGGAAGGCCACCCGGCCUGCUCCUGCACCUCAGCCUGAACCCUCCCCAGAGCGCAGCGCCACCACUUCCCCUGAAAGCAGCAGCCACCUCAGCUCCAAUGGUCUUCAUUCUGCAUCCCCACCCUCCUCACCUGCCCAGUCACCCCCCAAGGACUCCCUUGGAUUCCCCAUGGCUCCCCCCAGUUUCUUCCUUUCUCCUUCAUCUCCACCUGCCUUCCUGCCCUUUGCUGGGGUCCUCCGAGCCCCUGGCCGGCCAGUGCCCCCCUCCCCAGCUCCAGGAGGCAGCUGAGAAGCAUGGGGGGGCAGAUCUCGGACUCAUGAGGAGGGACCUCCCUGCCCUUUGGGGUCAACCCUCCUGGAAACUGUGAAGAGCUCACUCUGCCCCCCCCCCCAUCUUUGGGAGCAGGAUUUGCACAGAGGCACAUGCACCUACCCUUAAGACCCUCUUCUGAACACAGUUAUCCCCAACCUGUCUCCCCGCGUCCAAGGACUCUUAUCUCCCAUUAUUCUCAGGCACCCGUCCCCCGUAUGGAAUUCCACUCAAACCAUCCAUUCCUUCUCCCAGAGCUGGGGGAACCAGGGGACAGCUGCUCCCCUCUGCCCUGACCCAGGUUCAACGAGGAAGGGAAAGAUGGGCUGUAGCUAGGCACUGAUAACAAUGUAAAUUAUUAGGCAUUUUGGUUGGAUUUCUUUUGUAAUAAACUAUUUUUGUACCAUA